GCAGUCUCUUGGCCUGAGCAUCGAAAAGUUACAAAUUUCUUCUUCGUCUUCUAAGUUCCAGACAUGGCUUUGCAUUUCUAUGGUGGCAAUGGCAGCAGCAUCUUCGAUCCCUUCGAGGAGCUCUCGUCGAUCUUGGCUGGUGGCCACGAGCCCUCGAAGCAGAUGGCCAGGGAUGCGAGCGCCGUCGCCAACACUCGCGUGGAUUGGCUCGAGACGCCCGAAGCGCACGUCUUCAAGGCCGAUCUCCCGGGGCUGACCAAGGAGGAGGUAAAGAUCAGCGUGGAGGAUGGCCGCACUCUCCAGAUCAGUGGCGAGAGGAAGAAGCACGAGGCACAGAAGAGCGAUAAGUGGCACCGCGUGGAGCGCAGCUAUGGGAGCUUCCUGAGGAAAUUCCGGCUGCCCGAGAGCGCCAAUGUGAAUGCGAUCAAAGCCCAAGUGGAGAACGGCGUCCUCACGGUCACAGUUCCAAAGAUCCCCAAGCCACAGCCAAGAACUAUCCAAGUAGAGUAGAAGUGUGAUCUUGUAAAUUUGAGAAAGAGAAUGGGAAAAGUCAA